AUGGGAACCGCCGACGACGCCCCGCAGGGUCCGGUGAUCAUCCGGCAGACGGUGUUUGUGUUCCCGAGAGAGCAGUUCGACCCGAACUACGUGCGCCUGGUGACCCGGGGCCGAGACCCGGCCACCGCGGUUGCCUGUCUGCUGGGAUUCUUCAAGCUCGUCUGCGAGGACGGAUACAAAGGGGCGCUUCGCGCCAGCUGCCUCGACGGCAACUGGCUGGACGAGGUGGACGUGGCCCGCGUGAGUGGCGCCCCCGUGCGCCGCCAGCUUCGCGCCCUGAGCGACGACUCCGAGCCCCGGGCCACCAUGGACGACUUCUACGUGCUCCUGGGUGUGCUGCUACGCAACCUGGCGUGCGUGCCCAGCCACCCGCUGGGUCACUACUGGUUCCUGAUGCGGGUCGUCGAGCUGGUCAAGCUCUUUCCGGGAGUCUCGGAGCCCCCUCCCGUGCCGCUGUACAGCCAGGCGCAGGCGGACGCCGUCUCCAACUUCGGCCAGCGAUGGCCCCACACCAGGGCGGCCCUCUGCCGCGCCCUGCUCGGGAGCCAGUUCGAAGGCCCCAUGCGGCAGCUGCAGGAGUACGUCACCGAGGGCUGGCGCUUCGCUGGCAUGAAGCACGUCUACCUCAUACUGAAGUUCCUCGGCAGCCACAACUCGUGGGCCCUGGACAUCAUCCCCGAGGUGCGCGCCAGGGGUGCCAUACUGCAGGAUUUUCUCGAGGCGUACCAGCGGUUGGGUGCGGACGGCCCCUACAUGCAUCUGUUGCACCUUCCCGAGGCGGAGUUGGGUAAUCGCAGGUGCCUGGGCAUACACGUGGCAGCUGCGUACGCCUUCGCCGUGUUCGAGGACCAGGACUGGCUCCAGUACACGGGCGUCCCACAGAACGAGGCCGAGCAGGUGGUGCUGGCCAAGAUCACGGCCAUCAAGCGCAUGGGCCUCGGUGCGCCUCCGAAGGGUGGCCCGUCUGCCGCCAGGUUCGGCGUCAGGUGA